AUGUCCAAAUCCCUCGCCCAUCUCCCUGUGGAACUCAUCGGUAUUAUAGCCUCUCUAACCGCCAAUGGAGACUACAUAGCAAGGAACCGGACGCUUGCAGCCUGUCGCCUAGUCUGCAAAAGGUUCGCGUCGGAGUUUCGCCCCUUCAUCUUCGAGGUUCUCCGGGUCAAUACGCUACCUUUCCAGAAAAACCCAGUCUCGCUGGUGCAGAAGAAACACAAACUUCUUUCACAGUACCCCCAAUUUGCGCCUCUGGUCAAGAAAGUGGUGAUAGCCAUUUCGGUUACCCACCCUGUCGUGGAAGUCGAUGCCUUCUCGAGUCUACUGGACAAACUGGAUUCCGUUUCAUCGGUUUUUCUGGGACCACCUCUUCCCAGUGAAUACAUUCGGUACGGGAGACUACCCGCGCCUCUUAGGCAGUCGCUUCUCCGAUUGUGUACCGCACCCAGCAUCAGAUCAUUGGCAUUUGACUGUAUCUUCGAGCUACCGACCACGCUAUUCACCCAUUCACCCAACCUGACAUGCUUGACCUUUUGUGGAUCGACUGUUUUUCAAAUGGUCAACGUCUCUCAGUCCCCCGUAGUCGGCACCCAAGGAUGCAGCCUCCAUCUGACAACCAAAUCUGACAUUCCCCAGGACGUCGCCAGCCUCCCUAUCUUCGGAAAGAUUGCCAAGUUGACGGGGACGGCCACUCAACACACAGUUGGCACAUUCCAGAGGUUAAUCCGGGCCUCUUGCUCAAGCGGGGUCUUGACCGAGCUCGACUUGAACUUCCUAGAUCACGGCCUGUUCGGUUUCGAACGGCUCCCCAUCGACUUUAGUGGUGUUAAGCAAUUCACCCAUCUUCGACUCACGUUCUCCGGGGCGGCAGCCCUCUUGAAUUUCGCGACAAUACUUGGCGUCAUCAACGACACCGUAGCCUCCCUCUCUCGAGCAGGAGCGACCAGCCUCACUUCAGUCACCAUUGCGCUCGACUACACCAAGAGCGAAGACGAGUUCGCCAAUGAACUGAAGACGACGGCAGAACUGUGGAAGAAGCUGAAUACCGCGCUGUCCAAUUCAAAGGACUUUCCGAAACUGUCGUCGGUAAAGCUCGACUUCGUGAUGGAUAUCUUCCUUGUGGCGUUUAUUCUGCGAUCGUCCGGCCAAUGCCAACUUUUACUAUUCACCAUCGGUAAUGUUGAUCCAUAA